AUGUCGGAGACCUUCGAGUUCCAGGCUGAGAUCUCUCAGCUCCUUGGUCUCAUCAUCAACACUGUCUACUCGAACAAAGAGAUCUUCCUGAGAGAGUUGGUGUCCAACGCCUCCGAUGCCCUCGACAAGAUCCGAUAUGAGGCCUUGUCCGACCCGAGCAAGCUCGACUCCUGCAAGGACCUCCGAAUUGACAUCAUCCCCGACAAGGAGAACAAGACCUUGACUAUCCGUGAUACCGGUAUCGGUAUGACCAAGGCUGACCUUGUCAACAACCUGGGUACAAUCGCCCGAUCUGGUACCAAGCAGUUCAUGGAGGCCCUCACUGCCGGUGCCGAUGUUUCCAUGAUUGGCCAGUUCGGUGUCGGUUUCUACUCCGCCUACCUCGUCGCUGACCGCGUCACUGUCAUCUCCAAGAACAACGAUGACGAGCAGUACAUCUGGGAGUCCGCUGCUGGUGGUACUUUCGUCGUCAAGGAAGACACCGAGGGUGAGCCCCUUGGCCGUGGUAGCAAGAUCAUCCUGCACCUCAAGGACGAGCAAUCCGACUACCUGAACGAGAGCAAGAUCAAGGAGGUUGUCAAGAAGCACUCUGAGUUCAUCUCGUACCCCAUCUACCUCCACGUCACCAAGGAGACCGAGAAGGAGGUCCCCGAUGAGGAUGCUGAGGACGUUGAGGAGGUCGACGACGACAAGAAGCCCAAGAUCGAGGAAGUUGACGACGAGGACGAGGAGAAGGAAAAGAAGAAGAAGACCAAGAAGGUCACCGAGACUUCUAUCGAGGAGGAGGAGCUGAACAAGCAGAAGCCUAUCUGGACCCGCAACCCUCAAGACAUCAGCCAGGAGGAGUACGCUGCUUUCUACAAGUCCCUCUCCAACGACUGGGAGGACCACCUUGGCGUCAAGCACUUCUCUGUCGAGGGUCAGCUCGAGUUCCGCGCCAUCCUAUACGUUCCCAAGCGGGCUCCCUUCGACCUGUUCGAGACCAAGAAGACGAAGAACAACAUCAAGCUCUACGUUCGCCGUGUCUUCAUCACUGACGACGCCACUGACCUCAUUCCCGAGUGGCUCAGCUUCGUCAAGGGUGUUGUCGACUCUGAGGAUCUUCCCCUCAACCUGUCUCGUGAGACCCUGCAACAGAACAAGAUCAUGAAGGUCAUCAAGAAGAACAUUGUCAAGAAGGCUCUUGAGCUGUUCACUGAGAUCUCCGAGGACAAGGAGCAGUUCGACAAGUUCUACAGCGCCUUUGCCAAGAACCUGAAGCUGGGUAUCCACGAGGACUCCCAGAACCGACCUCAGCUGGCCAAGCUCCUGCGCUUCCACUCGACCAAGUCUGGUGACGAGAUGACCUCCCUCUCGGACUAUGUCACUCGCAUGCCCGAGCACCAGAAGAACAUGUACUACAUCACCGGCGAGUCUCUCAAAGCCGUCCAGAAGUCCCCCUUCUUGGACGCCCUCAAGGCGAAGGACUUCGAGGUUCUGUUCCUGGUUGACCCCAUCGACGAGUAUGCCAUGACCCAGCUGAAGGAGUUCGAGAGCAAGAAGCUUGUCGACAUUACCAAGGACUUCGACAUUGAGGAGACCGAGGAGGAGAAGAAGGCUCGUGAGGCCGAGGAGAAGGAGUUCGAGGAGCUCACCAAGGCUCUCAAGAACGUCCUUGGCGACAAGGUUGAGAAGGUCGUCGUUUCCCACAAGCUGGUCGGCGCCCCUUGCGCUAUCCGCACUGGUCAGUUUGGUUGGUCCGCCAACAUGGAGCGUAUCAUGAAAGCCCAGGCUCUCCGUGACACCUCCAUGAGCAGCUACAUGGCCUCAAAGAAGACUUUCGAGAUCUCCCCCAAGUCUCCCAUUGUCAAGGAGCUCAAGAAGAAGGUCGAGAAUGACGGCGAGAAUGACAAGACUGUCAAGUCUAUCACCCAGCUGCUCUUCGAGACCUCGCUGCUUGUCUCUGGUUUCACCAUUGAGGAGCCCGCCGGUUUCGCUGAGCGUAUCCACAAGCUCGUCUCCCUGGGUCUGAACCUGGAUGAGGAGGCCGAGGUUGAGGAGUCUCCUGCUACCGCCGACACCGCUGCCGCCGAGACUGGUGACAGCGCUAUGGAGGAGGUUGACUAA